AUGGUCAAGGAGAACAUCUGCAAGGACGGCUUUGUGGUGGACAAGGCGGACAACAGCCUCACGCGCUCAGAUCCCUACAUGCUGGAGCUCUUCGCCCAGGCGGGGCUGGAGGUCGUGGCGGCAGCAAAGCAGAGGAACUUCCCAAAGGAGCUGUUUGAUGUGCGGCAAUACGCCCUGCGGCCGCGCGGGAGCUGA